AUGGGAACAUACCAGGUGGUGAUAAACACACAGUUCAACAUGAACAGCCUUAUUGCUAUUAGUUUUAUUGUUCUCUUUUCACCAGCGACCCAAGCUAUCAAUGUUUCUCCGCGAUAUACCGCACAACUGGAAUUUGAUAAUAAAAUGUCUGAUAACAAACUUUUAGGCGAAUUCAAAGCUCAAACAUUGACUCUAUGUGCUAUUAUGUGUAAUAAUGAGUGUGGCUUGUUUGGAUUCCAUCAUAUAAUGGAGAAGUGCCGGAUCCACCAGAAGAUCUUCACUUCCGGUCUUUCUGACGGGCCCGGAUGGAGAUACUAUUUAGAUGGUUUUUUACCAGUUGAUUGUAAAGAUCUUCGUGAUAAUGGUCACACUAAUACAGGGGUGUACGAAAUUUAUUUCAAUGGAACCAACUCCGAUCCUGUGAGAGUUUACUGCGACAUGGAGACGAUGAACGGAGGGUGGACGGCAAUUCAGAAACGAAUAAAUGGAUCCUUGAGCUUUGAAAAGAACUGGACAGAAUACAAGAAUGGUUUUGGCUCACCGGAACAGGAUGUCUGGAUCGGAAAUGACGAUAUCCACCAGUUAACAAAGGGAGGACCCUCAUCACUCUAUAUAUCCAUCACACUAGUGAAUGGUAGCAGGCUGUAUGAAUUGUACAAUGAGUUCUCAAUUUCUAGUGAAGCAGACAAGUACCAGCUCUUUCUGGCAGGACCUGCUACAGGAACCUUAGGGGACAGAAUGCUUAACUCUGGAAAUCCUUACACUGACCUGUCUGGGAUGUCGUUCUCCACCUCAGACAGAGAUAACGACAAAUGGAGUGGAGUUAACUGUGCUGCUGAUUGGGGAGGAGGAGGAGGCUGGUGGUAUAACUCCUGUAACUACGCCUACCUCAACGGUCCCUGGUCCUCGGCAGACUGGUACGACCCAUGGAAUCCUCCAGUAAAGUACGCUAGAGAUGUGAAGGAGACCAUGAUGCUGAUCAAGCGUCACUAG